AUGGGGAUAUCAAGCGUACCUGGCCUGGGGGAUGCCUUCCUGCCACUAGCCUUCCUUCCUCUGUUUCUGCUCAAGGAUGGUGUCAACUGGAUACUGCUUCAGGUCAUGGGCAACCAUCAAGACACCAUCGAGGUCGCCUCCGCCAUGCCAGUGGCGUCGAUGCGACAUCAACGACAGCAGCCAGGGCAACAAGGAGAAGAAGAAUGGUGUUGUAGCGUUUGCCUGCAGGGACUGGAAAAUGGAAGGGAAGAAGUUAGCCAAAUAGUGGCGUGCAACCACUUAUUCCACCGAGCUUGCCUUGAGCGAUGGCUUCUGGUCGGCAUGGGAAGCACCUGCCCCUUAUGUAGGUCCACACUCCACUAG